AUGCUGAUUUCACAGGCGUGUUACACAUUAAUACUUGUACUUUUAUUCAAGACUACGUUUUAUAGUCUGAAAAGUUUAAAAUUUCAAUUAAUCAAAACAAAGUUUUUCUUUUUUCGAAAAUUGUCAACUCAUAAUCCUAGCAAACCCUUGGAAAAAGAAAAUUCACUGAGAGGACGACAGAGAACGUUUCUGAAUUCUCAAGAUAAGCUAAAAGGAAAAACAAAUUACAGUGAAUUUGGUUUUGAAACGAAAGAUAACAUCGAACGAGAUUUAUUUUUGUUUGAAAUGAUAAAACCUUUGGUGGUCAGAAGCGAUUUUAAACAUCAUGCGUAG